ACUUUUCAACCGUACGCGAGUUCACAAGACACGACUUUAAAAAAAAAAAAAUUCUCUGGAAAAAGAGAAAAACAUCAAAUAUCAAUAUAUCUCUUCAUACUUUAGUUAUUAUUGAACAACUACCUCCAGCCAGCAUUCUCUCGUUUGUACUACUCGCUUGUGUGCUAGCCGUAUUUGCUUUGUUUGUGUGAUUUGUGUAUCCCAAUUAGAACAGAAGUUCACCUAAUUCGUUUAUUUUUCAAUAUUGAAUAAGGGGAACAACUCAUCAGACCCGAUCUCUUAUUCGAUUUAACCAUUGCUCAUCUCCUUUAGCGAGUCUUUGACGGUUGCGGCUUUCUUAAAUCCAUUUUGUUUCGUAUAUAUUUACCCAGGAAUUUUCCUUUCCAUUAACAUAUUUAUUCAUUUUCAGUAAUCAUGAGUAAACCAAGAUACUUAUCAGAUAGCGAGAGAGCUAAAAUCCUCGAAUUCCAAGAUAUGAUCCACUAUAGUCCAAGAUAUAGUGACGACAGUAAUGAAUACAGACACGUCAUGUUACCAAAAAACAUGUUGAAAGCGAUUCCUCAAGAUUAUUUCAAUCCCGAAACUGGGACCUUAAGAAUAUUGUUAGAAGAAGAGUGGAGAGGCUUGGGUAUAACCCAAUCCUUAGGUUGGGUUCACUACGAGACCCAUGCUCCCGAACCUCAUAUCUUACUUUUCAAAAGACCUAUAAAUUAUGUUCAUCAAAAGAUAAGUGACGCUGAGUUAUCAGCUUUUCUUGAUGAUGUGAAUAAGAACAUCUCUGUUGAUGAUAAAGCCGACUUUAAGAAAUUGACGCUUCAUUUGUUUGGGUUUACCCAUUCAAGAUUGAAAUUUAUCAAGAAAAAUGUGUAUCAAACCAACAAUUCUAGUGAGCCAAUACAUAUUUUGGAACGGUUGAUGUCAACCAUUGAAUUGGUUUUCUCCAAAAGAAAGCACUUGUUGAAUACUCAUUUGGCCGAUCAUGAAUUAGCUCAAUUGAAGAAAUUGUUUUAUGGGAAUGAUGUUAACUAUGAAUCGGAUAUGAUGUAUGAAUUAUCGAUUUUAUUUGCAUUAUCUUGGUUACCGGAGUUCUCCCUAGAUAAUACAAUGGUAAAUAUCAUCAAGUCUUUCAUCAUUGGUGUGACCAAUAUCAUUUCCAUUCAACUUCAUAAUUAUAAAUACAAAAACUCUUUAAAAUCCAAAUUAUUGAUGGUUUUACAGGAUAAUGUUUCUUUUCUACUUUCAUCGGUUCAAUUGAUUAAUAUCCCAACUGAAUUCAAUCAAGUAUAUGGACCUAAACUUGCCUGUACUAUACAUUUGCUCUCAAUCAUUAAUGAUUAUGAUAUAUCGAAUAAAUUACUAUUAAAUUCACCUCAAAAUCAACUUGCAUUCGAUUCAAUAAUAAGAAAAUUAUGGUUUAUAAUCAAUUCAGUGGAUUUUAAUAUGAUUUUAACUUCCAAUAAUGGUGACGAACCAAAUUUACUACUAAUUGAUAAUUUGAAAUCAAUUCUAAUAUUGAACUUGACUAAUAAUAUAGUUUUAAACAUCUCGGGUAAUUGGGAUUCUAUCGCUUUGAUAUUAAAGUGGAUUUUGGAUUAUGUUAAAGCCUUUGACUCUAAAGUUGAUGGUAGUCCUUUCAAUAAAUUCUUAAAAUCUUUCAAUAGAUCAAUAAGUUAUAGUUUAUUAAAAAUCUUUCAAUUAUGCCGUGACAAAUCAUUGAUUCAUAAUUUAUUCAAUUUUUUACAACUUCAUACCAUACCAAUGAUCUUUCAAUUAGAUGACCUUUCAUCAAAUGAUUUGAAUCUGCAAUAUCCCAUCAUAAUAUUAAAAACCUUGCAUAUAAUAUACUACCAGUAUAAUACCAUAAUUGAAAAUAAAUCAAUGAUCGAUAGUUAUCAUGCCUCCCCCAAAUUUAAAUUUAUAAGUCAACCUUUUGUGGAUGAAGAAUUGAACUAUUUACGAAACAAUGUUAUUGGAUACGACUCUAACGAUACUUAUAAGAUCACUGUUGAUUUAUUAGAUUUCAUAAUCAAACCAGAAUUUAGAUUCGAAAAUUCUUAUUCGAAUGAUUUAAUUAAUGAUAAGUUUGAUUUCAAACUAUGGUUGAAACAUAUCAAAUAUUUAAAAGAUUUAAGCUUGAAAAAACCCAAUAAUUUCAAUAUACUAUCAGAUAAAUCAAGCUUAUACACUUUUAUAACUGCAAUGGGUAAUUUCCCUUGUUUGUUUAGCGGUCAUUUCCAUUUUAGAGUUGGCGAAUGUAUAAAAUGUGGCAUUUCUCCCAUGAAUAAAAAUUAUUAUUCGAAUAUACUGCCAAAUAGAAAGAAUGUGAAUGAAAUUGUUGAAGUUUCUGAAUUUUAUAAUGAUAUGAUAAUUUCCUAUUUGCUUAAUCAAAGAUUUCAAGAAGUCGUAUCUGAUCCUUUGAUUUCUUCCAAUUUAUUGUUAACAAUUUUUAAAAUUUUUGCUUCGUACUCUCCCCCUCGUGACUCGAAUAGAAUAGUUGAUCCUGUUUUGAAAUUCGUCAUUGAUAGUGUUAGUUCAAAUCUAAAUAGGAACGUAAGAAUGUUGGCAGCAAGAAUCUUACCUCUUUAUUUAAUUCAACAAAAAGACUUAGAUCUUGAUUCAACUUUUAAGACAAUCUUUUCCAAAUUAUCUCAAAUUAAAUUCAAUAAUGGAAGUAAAAAAACAUAUUUGGCUGAAUCAACUGUGAAAGCAUUAAGUGAACUUGCUAUAAUUAGUGAAGGAGAAUGGUUGUGCGUUAUAUUGAUCAAAUUGGUUGAUAUGUUCAAUGAAUAUAAUGAUCAACAUGUCAACUUGGCCUACAAUGGUCUUUUAUAUAUUGCUUCCAAUAAGCGCAUCACGCCUUACAAGAUGUUAUCACCAUUUUUACCAAGUAUUGCUGAAAGAAUUGUUAAAAGACCUAGAUCAUUGACUAAAAUAGCUGAACUAUUAGGUAUAACAAAGACGUCAUUUUUAUUUAGAACUCGUGUAUACACAACUCCGAGAUUAUUAGAACACUAUGGUUAUGAUUACGUUCAGGAAAUCGCAACUGCUUCAAGUAUGACAAAAUUAAAGUUGAUUCAAAAAUUACUUCCAAGAAUAUUAGCAACUUAUUUCGUGAAAGAUGAAAAAAUUGAUGAAAAUUAUAUUUUGGCUGUUUUGGGCAAUGCUAGUUCAGAAUACAGAAGUGUAGGUAUAAUGGACUUGAUGACAAGCAUUGGUAACAUGACUUGGUACAUCCUUUUACAAAUUAGUGAUGACGCUGAUGGAAAUAUUCUUAAUGAAGAUAGGAUCAAUAAUGCUUUAACCUAUGUUGCAAAAAUGAAUCUCAAAAUUAAUAAUGAACCGAAAAAAAGGGUACGUGAUUAUGUUGAGUAUCUUCUUGGUGAGUAUGUUCUUGAGUUGGUUCAAAGAUUCUCUGAAACUAUCCAUCAAACUCAAGGUACUAGCCCUUUCUUGGAAAAAUUAACAUCAUUGAAAGCGAUUGAGUUUCUUAUCAAUAAGAAUAUUAAUGCAGUUGCAUCCGCUUUGGGUCAGAUAUCUACUUGUUUACAAGCGACAUUAGAAAAUCCUGAUUUUGAAUACGUUGCUAUUCGCUGUUGCAAUGUUUUGGUUCAAAAGCUUGAAACAAACCAUUUGAUUUCCUUGUUUGAUAUAAUUAUCUCCCUUUUAUUUCAAAAAUUUCCUGAUUUAGAACCAAGGUCUAAAUUUGAAGCUGCAAAAAUAUUCAAAAAAUUAUUCGGAGAGUUGAGUGAUAGACCUAAUAAUUACACUUGCUAUAGCUUCUCUCUACCAUUCAUUAAAGAUCUUGAUCAGUACUAUACACCAGAACCCAAAUUCAUGAAUUCAAUGAAACUAUUUGGUAAAAAUCAUUCAUUUUCGGAAUUCACAAGAAGAUUGAAAACGAGUAAUAAGUAUGUGGUACAACAAGCUUUGGAUGAUCUUAUUCUGUAUAUCCGACUUUAUCAAAAAUCUUUGCAAACUGAGGAUUUGAAGGAUUCCACAUUAGAAAGGACAUUCUCUGAUCUAGUUAGAACUAUAUUUGACACUGCUGUUCAUUUCAAGAGUAAAAAUGACAAAAUAAGCACAAGCUGCGCUACGGCGUUAUCUAUCAUGGGUGCUUUGGAUGCUAAUAAGUUCAAUUUUAAAACUAUCAAGAACAGGAUAGUAAUUAUUCACGAUUUCUCCGAUUACAAAGAAAAUGCUGACUUUUUGCGUCAUUUCAUGGAAGAUAUUGUUAUAAAGGUUUUUUGGGCUUCCAAUGAUCCUUCUAAACAGUUAUUUUCGGCAUAUGUAAUGCAGAAAUUUUUACAAGUACUAAAAUUGGACGUUAAAGUAUUAGAUCCCUCAACUCAAGAUUAUUUUUCUGAAGUUUGGAAUAGUUUUAGUGAUGUUGCAAAAUCCACGCUUGCUCCUUUACUUUCGUCAAAAUACUUUACAUCCAAUCCAAAAUAUGAACAAUUGACCUUACCCUAUUAUCGUGUUGGAAUGAGGCAUGAAAAGUGGUUAGCGGACUUCACAUCGAAUUUAUUGAAAAGACCAUCUUUCACUUCUAAUGAUGAUUCUAUAAAAGACACAAUUUUCAAAAUUUGCUCUUUAUUAAUAAAAGAUCAAGAUAUUUCCAUUUGUCAUUAUCUCCUCAAAUACGCUGCAUUGAGUCACAUCAUCAGCGGUGAUGAAGAUAUAUCAAACGGGAUUAAAGAUGAAUUUUUAGCAAUCUUGGGUAUGGAUACCCAUGGAACUUUCUCUUCCGAUAGGUUGGAGCUGAUCAGGUCUUGUUAUCAAUCUAUUUUUGAAGUGCUUGACUAUUUUAAUGAAUGGAGAUCGGUAGUUACUCAAUACUUAAGUAACAAUAAAUUAACGAAGGUGGAAUCGAAUAGACUAAAGGGGAAUUUAAACUUAGUCGACUCCUUCUUGUCUAAGAUACCGACCAACCUAAUUGCCUUGAAGUCUGCUGAGUGUGACUCGUACGAAAGAACUAUCCUAUAUCUUGAGAAAUGCUAUCGUGAUGGUCAAUUGGAUGAUUUCAACAAAAUCCAAGAUUUGGACGCAGUUUCGGCCUUACAAUCCAUGUAUGCAAGUAUAAAUGACUACGAUGCUCUUGAUGGUAUUCUUAAAAAAUUCUCAACUAACAAUUUGAACGAGAAACUACAAACCUUCCAAUAUAAUGAAAAUUGGUGGCUUGCUCAAGAAUCUUUCCAGGUCUUGAGUGAAGUUGGAAUCAAAAAGAUAGAAAAUAAUACCAAUUUAUUCAAAUCCUUGAGUGACCAUGCUUUAUACGAUGAGGUUCUCUCCACUCUUUCCUCAAGGGUUAAUUUUGACAAACCUAAUAAAAUCCCUAUUGAAUGGUCAAUGGUCGGCCUUCAAGCAGCUUCUGUUUCCGGGGAUAUCGACCAAAUCAACAAAUGGUUGUUCGUUUCAGAUUCAUGUGGUAAGGCUCACGAUAUUGAAACCUUAAUCAAUUACAGAUUUGCACAAGCUUUAAAGGCUCUCUUCGGAAGAGAUACGGAAAAGUUUAACGAGGAAGUAAAUGACCUUUACAAGAUUAUUGGGCAAUCAUUAGUUCCAUCCAUCUCAUCUUCUUUCUCUCGUAAUUCCACUUUGAUGAGUCAGCUUCAUUCAAUUUAUGAUGUUUCCAUGAUAUCUGGCUCUAGAGUAAAUGACGAAAUCAAUCAAACAUAUGAACAUAUUUUGAGAGACCGUCUUAGCAAUGUUGAUCAAGGUUUCGACUCGCAAUGGAAAAUUCUCUCGAUGCAUAGAGUUGCUAAUAUGGCGGUAGGAAAUUCUGAUAAAAUAUCUGAUAUUUUAUUAUUUUGCUCGAAAGUUGCAAGAAAGAAUGAUAGAUUGGAUAUUUCAACAAGAUGUAUAAUGAAAAGUAUGGCUUUAAACGAUCAAGAAGCUAACUUGGAAUAUGCUGAAUUGUUAUGGGCCCAAGAUAAGCAGACUGAGGCCAUUAAGUCUCUUUCACAAAUCAUUGAUGAGGAUGUUUUCAAGAAUAAGAAACAAAAAGCAAGGGCGCAACUUCAGUAUGCAAUUUGGUUAGAUGAAUCUAACCAUACAUCUUCCUCCACCAUCAUCAAUGAGUAUGAACAAGCAAGACAAUUGGAGCCUACAUGGGAAAAGCCUUAUUAUGAUUUAGGGAAAUAUUAUAAUAAAAUAAUGGAGUCUAGACAUGAUUCAACUGGAUACUAUGAAGUACAAACAAUUCGGUACUUCUUAAAAUCCUUAGGUUUGCGGCCUACAUUUAUAUUUGAAGCAUUACCUAAGUUUAUAACAAUUUGGCUAGACUUUGCUCAGAAAGUUAGAAAGAAUAAAGACUCUAAUAGAAGAGAAGUCGAAAGAAAAUUGAAUCAAAUCACUUCCGAUAUCAAAAGAUUUCAUUCUUCAAUUCCCAUAUAUGUCUGGUAUACGUCAAUAACGCAAAUGUUGUCAAGAAUAAGCCAUAGCCACUCAGAUAGUGUUGAAUUAUUAAAAGCCAUAAUUUCCAAGGUUGCAGAAGCAUAUCCAGAGCAUAGUUUGUGGUAUAUUUUAUCACAUCUUAAUUCCAAUGAUCUGAACAGAAAGGCUAGAGUAGGUCAAAUCUUGUCGCAAGUUGAAUCCGCUAGUAGCAGUUUAUCCGAUAAAGUCCUAGGAGCUAAGACCUUAUUUUCCACGCUCAUUUCGAUUGUUAACUUUAAAGUCGAUAAAAGGAACUUAAAACCAAUGUCAUUGAGCUCUGAUUUCAAUAUUAAAAAUUUAGGUGAACCAUAUGACUGCUUAGCUAUUCCUGUUGCUUCAAAUCUUGAAAUUAAAUCUCCAACUCUCAAGUACGACUAUAGAAAUGCUUUUCCUAAAAGCUCGAUGAUAACUUUCGAUGGAUUUGAUGAUGUUGUUAAUGUCUUUCAUUCUCUUCAGGUACCAAAACAACUUACAGUUAGAGGUAGUGAUGCAAAGCCUUACAGAUUAAUGGUGAAAAAAGAUGAUACUAGAAAAGAUGCCAAAGUCGUCGAAUUUACAACAAUGAUUAACAGGUUAUUGCUGGCAAGCACUGAAGCAAGGAAACGAAACUUAGUUAUUCACAAUUAUGCUGUCAUACCGUUAGCAGAAAAUAUGGGUGUCAUUGAGUUCGUUCAGAAUGUUACAACUUUCAAGUCUAUUAUUGCUGAUACACAGAAAAAAUUGGGUAAAGUCGUGAAUGAAAGGUCAAUAUUUCAUAAGAUGAGUGAUGCUCAUAAGCUCCUCAAAGUUAACAGUAAGUCAAACUUGUCUUCGGCGAUGGAUGAUGUUAUCAAAUUAUUUGAAAAGAUUUGCCAUGAUAAUCAACCAGUUUCGCAUAAGUGGUUCAUUGAUCAGUUUUCAGAUCCCACUGCCUGGUAUAUUGCUAGGUAUAAGUUUACUAGAUCAGCUGCUGUGAUGUCCAUUGUUGGAUAUAUCAUUGGAUUAGGUGAUCGGCAUUGUGAAAAUAUUUUAAUUUUCAAGAAUACUGGAUCUGUUUUACAUAUUGAUUUUGAUUGUUUAUUCGAUAAGGGCUUAUCUUUGCCCACACCCGAAAUUGUUCCAUUUAGAUUGACUCAAAACAUUACUGAUGCUAUGGGUAUCAGUGGUAUUGAGGGUGUAUUUAGAAUUGCUUGUGAGGUGACUGGUUCAUUAUUAAGGGAAAAUGAAGCACCAUUAAUGAAUAUUUUAGAAACGUUACUAUAUGAUCCGUUGUUAGAUUGGAAAACUCAACAAAAUCCUCAAGAGCAUUUGAAGAAAGUACAGAGAAAAAUCAGGGGUUUGGUUGAUGAAAAAGAAGGAUUACCCAUGAAUAUUCAUGGUCAAGUUGAUGUUUUGAUUCAAGAAUCAACAUCUAUUGAAAAUUUAUCAAGGAUGUACCCUGGUUGGUCGCCCUAUUUAUAG